GGGAAUGUGAGAUUGGGAAUACACUACUUACCCUCCUCAAGACACGGUGUUGACAGCCUCGGGACCUCUGAGGUCGUCAACUGCAAGAUUUAAUCUGUAUUUUUGUUUAUUUGAAAGUUAGUUUGAUGGGCUUAGUUUGGUUUGAGUAGAAACUUCUGUUUUCCUGCGUUAUUUAACCAUCUUUUGUCUGUGCGUCGAAAAGUUUGCGUUGGCGAAACCAUACACUCGUUUGAAAUAGGAAAAGACAAUAAAAAAAUUAGUAUUUGAUUCUUGGUUUGAGCAAACUGAAAAGAUGUCGUCAACAUCGUCGCAUUCAAAUAUUGUUGGUGUCCACUAUAGAGUUGGAAAAAAAAUUGGAGAAGGAUCGUUUGGUAUGCUUUUCCAAGGUGUGAACUUGGUGAAUAAUCAGCCAAUUGCACUAAAAUUUGAGUCAAGAAAAAGCGAGGUCCCUCAGUUACGGGAUGAAUAUUUAACUUACAAGCUGUUGAUGGGUGUGCCUGGUGUUCCGAAUGUGUAUUACUAUGGACAAGAAGGAAUGUACAACUUGUUGGUGAUGGAUCUUUUAGGUCCUAGUUUGGAAGAUCUUUUUGAUUAUUGCGGUCGACGUUUCAGCCCCAAGACAGUGGCUAUGAUUGCCAAGCAGAUGAUAACACGCAUUCAAUAUAUACAUGAACGACAUUUCAUUUACCGUGAUAUUAAGCCUGAUAAUUUUUUGAUCGGUGUACAUGGGUCAAAAGCUGAAAAUGUAAUCUACGCGGUUGAUUUUGGUAUGGCCAAACAGUAUCGUGACCCGAAGACACAUAUCCAUCGCCCUUACAACGAGCACAAAAGUUUGUCUGGCACGGCUCGCUACAUGUCUAUCAAUACUCAUUUAGGACGCGAACAGUCGCGACGAGACGAUCUCGAGUCAAUGGGUCAUGUAUUUAUGUACUUCCUUCGGGGUAGCCUUCCUUGGCAAGGAUUAAAGGCGGCCACCAACAAACAAAAAUACGAAAAAAUUGGAGAAAAAAAGCAAAUGACUCCUUUAAAAGAACUUUGCGAUGGGUUUCCCAAAGAAUUUAUGCAAUACAUGGUGUAUGUUCGCAAUUUGAGUUACGAUGAGAAACCUGAUUAUGACUAUCUACGCAGCUUAUUUGACAGCUUACUGUUGCGUUUAAACGAAGUCGACGACGGUAGGUUCGAUUGGUCAUUAAUUAAUAAUGGAAAAGGAUGGCAAUAUAGUGCUGUUAAACAGCAUGCUGCUCAGCACCGUCAUGCUCAGGAGGCUGCUAAGCAGCAAAUCGCUGUUCCUCAGUAUACACGAAGUCGCCAAAAUCUGAUGCAACCCAAUUCGAAGCAACUACUAGUGAGCUCACCUUACCCGUCGCUUCAACCUCUUCGAAAUGACACUGCUAGAAAUGGGAGAUUAGGUUCUUCUACUGCUGCUCCUCAAUCUCAACCACAGUUAACUCUAACUUCCAGUGGUGGACAACAACAAUAUGGUCAGCGGGGAGUACAAAUUGAACAACGUCUACGGAAGAGUAAUGAUGCAUCUCGGACUGCUACUCCAAAAUCUUCCUCCAAGAAGAAAUUCCACUUACGCUUACUUUCGUGUUGUGUUGCAAAACCUAAGUAACAAUAGUGUGUUUUCAAAUAUGCGACUAAUAAUUGAGAGGUUGGCUACUUGAAAAUAGAUCGAUGAAUUUAACAAUCUAGAAUACCCAUAAACUAACAUUUCAGAAACUUCCGUUAUGCUUUUUCUUGCAUAUUGAUAUAUAUCUCUUUAAGCUGACAAUUUAUGCAACUAUCUAACUCCUUUUCCUCAUCUAAUCUAAUUAAUUAAUUAGCCCAAAUAUGUUUUGUAAACUAUAUUGGGAACUUGUUUAGUGUUUGAAAUAAAUGAAUGCAUUUAUCCGACUAUGCUCGC